AUGCCGAACACAACACCUUCAAUUUUGCCCUUGCCCCCAGAGGUCGCCGCUCAGAUCGAAUCCUCCACUACCAUAACCUCUCUUUCGAUCGUUGUCCUUGGGCUGUUGGCCAAUUCUCUGGAUGCAGAUGCUCAGCGAAUCGAUAUCAAUGUCGACUUGCGCCGGGGUGCCGCUUCGGUCGAAGACGAUGGGAACGGGAUACCUCCCAGAGAAUUUGGCGAAGAUGGAGGCCUGGGGAAACCGUAUCAUACAUCCAAGAACAAUGGCCUGAAUGUUACCCAUGGGAGGAACGGAACCUUCCUGACCUCUGUAGCCGCUUUGUCAAUCCUAAGCAUCACGUCCCAUCACAGGAGCCACCUUCCGCAUGCGACGCUCAUUCUUCAUCACUCAAGGCCAGCCGCAAGAUUGAUACCAGCGCCAUCACAUCAGCAUCUAUUCAACCGUGAGCAUGGGACCAAAGUCAGCGUCCAGGAUCUUUUUGGGAACAUGCCUGUUAGGGUCAAGCAGCGCACUAUGGGCGCCGAGCUUAGAAGUGAGGACGAAAAGCAGCUCGAGACGCUGAGAAAACAAAUCGUUGGAAUGCUUUUGGCCUGGCAAAAACCAGUUUCGGUAACGUUGAAGAACGCUGAGAGUAGCAAAAAGCUGAACAUACGCGGUAAAGAGAUGCCCAAAAUCAGUGCAAUAUCUGGAGACAGCUCAUCCAGGAAGCUUGACGUUCCGUUGAUAAGCAGUAUUCUAUCUCAAGCUGGCUUCAUUGCACCCUUGGACUGGGAUAUGUGGGUCAAGACCUCUGCUCGGACACCUUGGGUCACCAUUAAGGGUGCCGUCUCCCUACAGCCAGCACCAUCGAAGCAAGUCCAAUUCGUAUCGAUAGGAAUUCGUCCUAUAAGCUCGAAAAUGGGUAGCAACAUUCUCUAUGACGAGAUCAAUAGGCUUUUUGCUUUAUCAAGUUUCGGUACCCAAGAGGAUAUCUCCGAUGCUGACGACGACAUCAAAGCGAGAAAAAUCAAAGACCGCCGGUUCAAGAAAGAUGGCUUUACCAACAAGCAGUUGAGAGGCGGCGGCAAAGGGGUCGAUAAAUGGCCAAUGUUCUACAUUCGUAUCGAUAUACAUGAUACAAAUAUACGUCUCAAAGACCGUGUGGACAGGCUUGGGGAGGGGACUAUCUCAAGCCUGGUCAAAGUUCUUGGGGCCAUGAUCACCAGUUUCCUUGAAGAGAAUCACUUCAGACCACGUGCAAGAUUGGGCCAUCGCAAGCAAGAUGUGUCCACGAAGCCAGCAGCCAUGGGAAGAAGCCCGAGUAGCCAACUUUCAGGUGCAACUAUCCAGCGAUCAGAAGCAGUACAUUGUACGUAUGCAGACCACAACUUCAAUGCUUGGAGUCGAAUCAAGACCGGAAUAGGGUCAAAAUCUUCGGGUGCAUCACCAUCGUUAAGCUCCGCUGGCUGUCAUACAAGCACUCCAAAAGGCGAACCUCCAAGAGCUAAGGAUCUAUCAAAAAAGUCGAUGGGCUCCUCUCAAAUUUGGGAAGCCUCAAGCACAGCGGUGGAUGACCCAGUUGGAAACCACGUUGAUGAGCAGACAUUUGAGUGGAGAAACCCAAUCUCUGGGGCUACAGUUCUCAUCAAUGCCCGGACAGGCCUGGUGAUUCCCCCUCGGCCCCUUAAACGACCGGUAUCAGCCCCUUCCGAACACUCGCCUCCAGCUUUAUCUCUUUGCUAUGGAAGGAAAAUCCAUGGUUCUUAUCCCAACAGAAGACACACUCGCAGUUUCUCUACCCCUUUCAUCACGCCCAAAGAAGGGUCAUGGUCUAGUGAGCUUCUCAAGAAAUGGGAGAACCCUAUCUUCGACAUUACAGAAGAGUGUAUACCUCAGGUCUCGUUCGACGGCCCCGUGAUUGAGACGUCCGAUGUUCUACAUGGCCGCCGUCAUUGCUGUUCUGAUUUGGAUAUCCAGAAAGCAUUCACACAGUCAUCCGCAUCUUUCUCGGCGAAGCUAUCAAAACAGGGCUUGAACGCGGCAAGGGUCGUUUCCCAAGUCGAUAAGAAAUUCAUCCUCAUCUGCGUGAAGAAGUCACCAAAUAUUGGUGAUAGAGAAGACGCAGAGCUUCUAGUCCUCGUCGACCAGCACGCGGCGGACGAGCGCAUACGAGUUGAAGGCUUACUAGCAGAUCUGAAAGCAAGCCCAGUGUUACUUCCAAACCCCUUGAUUUUCGAGAUCCAAGCUCGCGAGCACCGCCUCUUAUCCCGUCUUGCCUCUUCUUUCGCAGCCCUGGGUGUCGUCUAUGACCUGAGCGCUCCAGCUCGACCUCCAAAGUGCAAGAUCAUCGUGAAAGCACUACCAGCGGCAAUCGCAGAGAGAUGCAGACUCGAGCCCAAGGUCUUGAUCGAACUGAUCAGGAGCGAAUCUUGGAAGUGCGAAGAAGAAGGAGGAGGAGGAGGCUUCCUAGCCACCAAGACCUGUCCACAGGGACUGCUCGACAUGCUCAACUCGCGGGCCUGCCGAAGUGCUAUCAUGUUCAAUGACGAGUUAACAAAUGAAGAAUGCCAAACACUUAUUAGGCGGCUUGGGAAUUGUGCUUUCCCGUUCCAAUGCGCACAUGGGAGACCGAGUAUGAUUCCACUGGUGGAUGUGGGUGCUGGCGCCUCGCUUUGUAUUGGAAAGCAGGUCUUUGGGUCGCAAAAGGGCGAGGUGGAUAUGAGCAAUGAAAGUAAAACUUUUGGAGCUGUUUGGAAGUGUUGGAAACCUGACGGAUAG